AUGGCCUUUAAUUUGGAAAAGCCUACUGAAUCAAUAGAAACGUUGUCAAAGGAGGCCUACAAUGUUCUGUGUACGCCAUUCACCGGCAUAAGAUCAUCGUUUACAAUAAAUAGAGGUGCAUUACUUGCCAUAGAAAACAGCAACAUGUCAUCCAACAUAGCACUUUUGUACUCCACAUCAAAUUUUUUGUCCCAUUUACUGAUCGAUACCGAUAAAAAUCUGCUCAUCAAGAGUGUAUAUGUGCACAAAAACGUAGUUCUGAGGAACACGGUGGUGAUGAAUCAUAACAACCCUGUUCUAGAUCUGGGAAUCAUAUUAAAUUUCCCGUUGACAAUUAAUAUGGGCAUGCUUGUGGAUAAAACGGCCAACUACAAGAUGAGUUUUAUAACAAAGAAAAAUAAUCUGCACUUCGGAACAGAAUUGAAUCUAAGGGACAGACUUGGCAGUAUUGUUAUGUUGAGGUAUGAUCUGCAAUCAAGCGUUCUAUCGCUUCUCAUGAGAUACGACGUGGUUAAUUUGACGUUUUACAAGCGAUUAACAGAGUUUGUAUCGAUCGCAGGGGAAGCUGUGGCAGGAAGCAGCUCGAUAGGUGCCCGGAUGGGCAUUCUUCUGAGCACAUCCUUCACGGACAUUAAGAUAGAAGUUAAUUCGAUGAUGAAUGCCAUACUAAUGGUCGAGAAAAAAUUGCUUGACUGCUUUAUUUUUAGUUUUUGUGCCGAGAUGAAGGAUGUCGGUGCGGUAGAGUGCGGACUAGGACUGUCGUUAGAGAUAUAAAUAAAGAAUUUCCAG